GGUUUGGUAACGAGUCAGUCGAGAGGUAGCUGCCGAGUCGAUCGGGUCAGGUGUUCGCGCGCGCGUUAUACAGUGUCCUACGAAGCGUUCCGGUUGAAUCAGCUGGACUUGAAAAGUGUGUGCUUCGUUGAACAUCGUGCACGUGCAAUACUACCUUCGCGGUUGUUGAGUUGAAUGCAGACAUAGUUGCUGUUUAUGCUGCUGGUAAUACCUGCCCAUGGGAUUGUGUUGUUGUGUGCAGUGAUUCUUCAAGAAGUUCAGUGGCUUUGCUUUGUGGUUGAACGGUUAGGCUCGUCAGCGUUUGUUCUUCAAUGAAUCGUUAAUCCAGUUGGGGGAGGCCUAACCAGCGACCCAGCAGAACCGGUUCUUCAUUACACGAAACCCGGACAGAGGUUGGCGAUAUCUUAGAUUCUGAGCAUUUUUCCAUCAAAAAUCGCCAUAAAUAUGGUUUGAUUGGGAGAGCAACUCGUAACUCAUCGUGAGGAGUGCACGAUCUGAUUGGACGAAAUAUUUCAUCUGGAGUGAUGGCGAUCGAAGAUAUACUUAGCUCGACCGAGUUCGCGGCGAACACAACUGUGGGGGAGGAAUGUCCCAGCCAGUUGCCGACGGUGGUUCAGUACUUAAAUGGACUCGACACGAUACUAACUGUGAUUAUAGGAAUAACGAUCGUGCUAAGCUUGGUAACCUUUGUGAUAUGUGGCAAAAACAUCAGCCAAGUGCUGCGGCACACCCCCAAGAGAUUCAAAACGAAAACCAUCAUCCUGCUGUCUAUAUAUCCGACCGUAACAGCGCUGGCCAUGGUAUCGGUGCUCGUCCCCAAGUCGUACUUUGUGUGCGACACGGUUUCGCAUAUCUACUUCAUGAUCUGCGCCUACAUUUUCUACAGCCUCGUCAUGGCGUACGUCGGCGGCGAGGACGGUUUCAUCAAGUCCAGUGACACGGAAACGUUCAACGUCCGGACGCCACCCUGUUGCUGUUGUGUGCCCUUCCUGAAGCGGUCACCGGUGACCAAAAACAGUUUGCUGUUCACACGUCUCCUGAUUCUUCAACUCCCAAUUAUUCAAAGUAUUCUGUUCUUUGGCCUAAACAUCGUUUUCCUGGAGGACCUUGACAACUUCAACCGCAUCAUUCUCUACUUCGUCCCGUUCAUCGCCGGCUCCAUUCUGCUGGGCGUUUGGGGCCUCAACAUUCUGGUGCGCAUGAUCGCUCCGCUGUACGAGGAGUUCAAAAUUAUGGGCAAAUACGUGGUCCUGCAGGCGGUGCUAAUCCUGUGCAAGAUACAACCGGUCGUCAUCAUGGUGAUCGUGACGUACGUUACGCCGCGAUGUGACUUCCCGCUCGUUUUGCAAGUACAAAAGAAUGCCGUAUUUCAACUGUGUCUGUGCGGAGAAAUGGUUUUCCUUUCGCUGUGGGCCUUCCAGCUGUACAAAACGCCCAGCAACACCCGGCAGCUGCUGGCCAAAUCGGAAAGUACCUAAACUAUCCCAGUAUUUUUGACGGAGAUCUUAAAAAAAACGCAACGAAUGAAUAGCAGCACUAAGCCAAAUCAGUGUCGUACUUAUUGUAAAUGUGAUUAAAUGUGAUACGAAUCUUAUCCAGCGCUAAAUGUGGUGUGAAGAAAUAAAGCAGGCUUCAAAUUGAAA